AUGAACUUCAUCAAGAAUUGCUGGAAGGAGAUUGGUAUGGAAUUCACUGCAGUUGUGAUGGGGUUCUUCCAAAGUGCUACGCUACCAACUGAUGCGAAUAUCACAUGGGUGACGCUUGUUCCGAAGUUUAUCAGGGCUAAGGAGAUCAAGGAUUUCCGGCUGAUUAAUAUGGUGGGGUGUGUGUAUAAGGUGAUUUCGAAGAAGAUGGGGUUCGGCCACAGAUGGAGGACUUGGGUGAAGGAGUGUGUUAGUACGGCCACUAUGUCAGUCCUGGUUAACGGGUCGCCUUCCAAGCCGUUCAACAUGGAGAGGGGCCUCAGACAAGGAGACCCUCUGUCUCCUCUUCUGUUUGUGCUUGUGGUCGAUGUUCUGCAUAGGAUGUUGGGGAAAGCAGUCAAGAAUGGGCGUAUCGCUCCGUUACUGGUCGGGGGAGAUUGUAUCGAAUUGUCACACCUACAGUUUGCAGAUGAUACUAUAUUAUUUUGUCCUCCAGAGACAGAGACAAUUGUGAAUUAUAAGAGGCUGUUGAGGGCGGUGGCUGACAAGCUGAUUGCGUUACAGAGGAGCUUUAUGUGGUGUAAGGAGGACGGUAAUUAUGGUAUCCCUUUAGUUAAGUGGGAGGUGGUACAGGCCUCGAAAAAGGCUGGGGAUUUGGGAGUUGGGGAUGCAGUUCUUAGGAACACGGCCCUUUUGUUUAAGUGGUGGUGGCGGUUUUCAAAGGAGGAUUUCCCUUUGUGGAAGAAGAUUGUUUGCUCGUGUAACAGAUUGAAUCUGCAUGUAAUGCUUGCAAAUCAGAAUCUACCGGUAAAAGGAGGCCCCUGGAAGGACAUCUGUCAGUUGAAUGUAAAAGAGCAGAGGGUGAAGGAAAAAAUGAUUAGUGGCCUGGCGAUGGAAGUAGGGAACGGAAGGAGAACACUCUUCUGGGAAGAUAACUGGGUCCAAGGUGGCCCCCUGAAAGCGAUUUUUCCAAGGCUCUUCUCUAUUUCAAACCAGCAGGGAUCUGUGAUUAGGGAGUGUGGAUUUUGGGAUGGGUUACAUUGGGUUUGGAAUUUUCAGUGGAGGAGAGAUUUGUUCCAAUGGGAAUUGGAACUUGUCCAUCAUCUUCAUGAGAGAUUAAGGCCAGUAAAGCUAUCAAAUGGUAGAGAGGAUAAUGUUGUUUGGAAGUUUGAUCAUAAAGGUAUUUUUUCUACUAACUCUUUUCUGCAGGUAUGGUGUGCGUGGUUGAAGGCUUGGGAUAGAGAUUGGACUAUUCCUGGCACCAUGAAAGAACUGUUUGAGAGUUGGACCACCAUGCACUCUAGGAAAGAAACACAGAAGACUUGGCUGACUGGGUUCUUUGCAGUGAUCUGGAACGCCUGGUUAGAGCGCAAUGUGAGAAUUUUCAAGAAUAAAGAAACAGGUGUUGAUAUCAUAAAGAGAAAGACGUUUUUGAGCUACAAAGAAUGGACUGAUAGUGAUCCUUUUGGUUGUUGA